AUGAGUGGAUCAUUAGAAAGCAGCCAAACGGGUUAUGCGUUAUUUAAAGAGAACAAAGGAUUACAUGCUCACCUAUCAGAGAUCAGACAGUUUAGAGAUCAUCAGAUUGAUCUCAUAAAGAAUAAAGCAGGACCAGUUAGAAAUAGGCAUGUUGGAGAUCACAUGGCAUCUUCAACAAAAAGCACGCCAACGUUGAUAACAACUCAGCAACCUCCAACUGAGGAGGAGCUCCAAAAGUGGGAUGAUGUUUUCGUGAAGAAUUUAGGCCAAGACAUUCUUGUCCCUAUGCUGAAGGCCGCUAAUUACCUUGAUUGUGCCAGACUGACGGAUUUGUUGAUUAAAAAAGUGGCGGCUGCUAUGAAGGACAAGACGGUUGAGCAACUUUAUCAGUUUUGGGGCGUGGAAAGUGAUUUUACUCCCGAGGAAGAGGAGGAGAAUCACAGAAGAUAUGGUUGGAUUUACGAUUAA